AUGUCACAAAAAAUCCUAUGUUUACAUGGCUUCACUCAGAACGGCCCACUCUUUGCUAGAAAAGUGUCAGCUGUGCGAAAAACUCUUCAAAAAGCCGGUUUCGAAACCGUUUUUCUAACUGCUCCGGUGAAACUGGAAAUCGCAGACCUUCCUUUUGAACCAACAAAUGUCGCUUCUCUUGGUGGUUCAGACGAUAGUAUGAGAUCAUGGUGGCCCAACAGUGACUCGAAUCCUAAUCACUAUAAACUGGAUCAAGCUUUCGAGGCCAUAAAACAGUCCAUUAUCGAAGACGGACCAUAUGUUGGCGUCCUCGGGUUCUCUCAGGGAGCUGCUCUAGCUGGUGUCCUGUGUCAACAUAUUCAUAAACUACACGAAACCCAGCCAGUUUUGAAGUUUGGUAUAUUCUAUUCCGGCUUCCGAAUCAUGAGACCCGAACAUCAGCAUUUCUACAAUGAACUGAUAUCCGUCCCCACUCUGCAUAUUCUUGGAUCUCUAGACACUGUUGUAUCAGAAGAGCGCUCUAUGGCUCUGUAUAAUUCCUGCAGCGACAACACCAGAACUCUGCUUCACCACCCUGGUGGCCAUUUUGUUCCUAACUCGAAAGACUUCGUGACCCGUGUUGUAGAAAUGGUAGUCUCCUCCACCAGCUCCAGUCCGCCAGCUACCGAACCUGACGUUGUCAAUGAAAAGAUCUCAGAAACAUCACAGCCAUCAGACGACUGGAGCGCUUUUGAUACCAUCGGACGAGCAUAG